UUUUUGUAAUUUCCUAUUUGACUGCGCUCUCAAAUGCCAAUCCUUUCUACUGUUUUUGUUAUUUUUAUUAGUUUGAAAUUGUUACUUUACUGCCUCUAAUUGCUCUGUAGUUGUUCCAAAGUUGUGUUUAUUUUUGUGGGAAGAGCAAGAAAUAAUUGAAACAUGAUUCUUUGAAUCGAUUCCUGUGUAGACUGUGUGUCAAAACCUAGUUGUCUUACUUAUAAAACUUUUUUAAUCCAAAGUAAUAUUAAAAAGCAAGCGGUUAUCACUAUCAGUCUCGUACAAAAAUGGGUGGAGUGCAAUCUUCCACUACUAAUCAACAAAUUUCUUCCAAAAAAAACCAAGAAUCUAUAUCCGAAAUGAAUCGCAUAAAAAUGGAACGAUGGAUACAGAUGCAUUAUCAAAUAAAGGAACGUGAAUUAGCAGUAAGUUUAGCAAGGAAUCGUGAACUAUUCUUUUGGAUUACCGGAUUUUGUGCUACAUCAGUGAUAGCAUGUACCUCGUAUUACCAACGUGUAAGGCGAGUUACUGUCUUGGCACCUAUUCUACCAUUGACAUUUCUGGCAGCUUAUUAUGCAGAUUUGGCUUACGGCAGCAAGUUACAUCGAAUUAGAGCUGAGGCUGAUAUGAUAAUGCAACGUGAACAAGAGCAUUUACAAUGGCCAGGAGGUUUACCAACAGUUGCAAGUAUAGAUGAAGCGCGUGUCGAGGUCGAAAUGGAGAAAAAAAUGCACCCGCAUCCAUCAUAGAGUUUUUUUAUUUUAUUAUAUUUAUGUGAUGUUAUUUUAUAAAUUAGCAAUAUUCUAAAAGAAUAUCCGUAAUUAAAAGAUAGUAUGUAUUUAUGUAUACUAACCUUUCACUACUGCGUGUCUAAAAUAUUUUAAGGCAAUAAUUAUAAUUAAUAAGAAAAUCGAUAUAGCACAAAUUAAAAAAAUUAUAUGAAAUCUUGUUGUUGUUGCAAUUUAAUAAGUUUCAAUUUAUAAUUAAUUUUUUU